AUGCGCAACAUUCAGGCGAUUCCUAGAGAACAGCAGGAAGACGCGAUGAUGAGAAUAUUACAAAUAAACCUCAACUGCUGCAAGGUGGCACAGCAGUUGAUGCUCCAAAUCGCCACCGAAAAGAAGGCUGACGUUUUAAUCAUAUGUGAGCAGAACGCUACACCGCCCCAUUGGUACGCGGAUAAAGACGGGAAAACUGCAAUAGCAAUCCAUCAGGGCACUGCACUAGAAGAAACUGACGACACGGAUAGGGGCUAUGUGUGGGUGAGGAUAGGAGGGGUCCGAAUAUACUCAUGCUACAUUUUGCCAAACAUAACGAUAAACGAGUAUAUAGAGUACUUAGAGCGGCUAGAAAGUAGUAUGCGGAGCGGAUCUAGAGAAGUUAUACUAGCCGGAGACUUCAAUGCUAAGAACCUUGAGUGGGGAUCGAUAACUGAUCAAAGAGGCGACGAGCUCGCAGCCUUAGCUGCUUCUCUGAACCUGAUUGUAUGCAACAUUAGAAGAACACCCACGUUCGAAAGAGCAUCAAGCCAUUCCAUCCUUGACCUGACGUUUGCAUUGCCAAUCACGGCACGACAAAUGGUAGACUGGAGCGUACUAGAUGAGGAAACAAGAAGCGACCAUAAAUACCUCUUCUACAGAAUUGGAUCUAAUCCGGAGAGACAUCCCGAUGGUCCCACGGGGUGGUGCCGCAAGAAUGUUGACCAGGGAAAACUUAAAGAGUAUCUAGAUGGCAAGCAACUACCAAGAAAUGCACACGACUUAAUGGAGAACAUCAGGGGAGCGUGCGAUGCUGUCAUCCCGAGAAUAAAUCCAACACGCGGUUACCACAAACCGCAAUACUGGUGGACCAACGAAAUCUCAGAGCUAAGGAGGGCAUCACUAACUGCCAGAAGAUGGUAUCAAAAAGCAGCAAUGAAAGGUCUGUCUGAAGAAGAAAAACAACUUUUCAAGACAGCUAGGAAAACACUGUGA